AUGGAAAGUGAGUCGGAUCCUGAAAAGGUAGCCAAUGUGAUUAGUGGGAGUGAAGUCUACCUCAUGCUAAAUCGUCAUUUCCUGUUGCAUCAUUACAUAGAUAUUGCCAGCAUCUUUGUGUUAAGGCCUAAACUGACUUCCUCUACUACCAUCUUUCUGGCCAUAGUAUUGGCAAGGUGCUCCUAUGCCAUGUUGGCAGAGAUAUAUCCUUCGUGCUCUCAAGAGUUGUACAUGCAUCAUCACUGUCGAGAAUGUAGCCAAGCUCAUGAUCUUUCUCUCCUAACAUCUUUCAAUACUAUUCCUGUUUGUACUUCAUCCAGGACUGCUGUCAUCAGACAUACCAGCAGCUUAUCCAAAGAGAAGAAAAAGAAGGUGGCUGAAGGACCAUCACUUGGAGACUUCAUAUCAGGAGAAGUAACCAGAGACACUUCAUGGUCAGACUACACUGGGAAGCUGAAGCGAGAGGCAGGAGACACUGAACGCCUAAGGCUUCCACCGUGGCUCAAGCGAGAAAUUCCCAUUGGCAAAAACUAUAGCAAGGUUGUUAAGGCUGACCUCCGUGGACUUAAUCUCCACACAGUUUGUGAAGAGGCUAGGUGUCCCAAUAUUGGUGAAUGCUGGGGGGGUAAUGAUGAUAACAUAUCUACUGCAACUAUAAUGGACUCCCAGGACUCUCAGCUGGUUUUUCCUAGUGGCAUUAAGAAAAGAGAAGUAGAAUUGGAUCCAAGGGCAAAGUAUAGACAAUCUCUGGGAGUUUUGGAAUAUGCUAAAACUACAAAAGUGGACUUGGUGACUAAGUCAUCAAUAAUGUUGGGUCUUGGAGAAACUGAUGAAGAAGUUUUACAGACUAUGAAGGAUUUACGUGAUGCUGGGGUGGACUGUGUGACUCUGGGUCAGUAUAUGCAGCCAACCAAGCGUCACCUGAGGGUAUCAGAAUAUGUUACACCUGAGAAAUACCAGCACUGGGAGAAGAUUGGAAAAAGUUUAGGAUUUGUUUACACUGCAAGUGGACCAUUAGUGCGCUCAUCAUAUAAAUCUGGAGAAUUCUUCAUGAAAAAUCUUCUUUCUCAAAGAAAGCAAAAGAAGUCUUAAGAUAUGAAGAGAAUUACAUUAAGGACAUAAAAUUUUAUUUUAAUAGUACAGUGGACCCCCUGCUUAACGACUUAGAAACCAGAGGAAUGGCUCGUUAAGUGAAAAAUAAGUUGAGCAAAUAUCAUUUUCCCUUAGAUGCCUAUGUUGUAGCUUGAGAUAAGGACUGGGAUGAUUAUAUUUAAUUCCUAUUAUUUUUUCAGUGGUGAAAACGUCUGCUCACCAGAGAUAGGUUCGCUGAAUGUUUUAAGUUUUUAGUAGGGGUAUUAUGGUGUUAUACCUCUCUUUUAUGAGUGCACAGUACAGUAAAUAUCAAAAGAAAUAUCACACUGUGGGUUUGUUCUUGUUAGGGUAAUAGAUCGUGAUGUCUCCCUUACUAAAGCCCUCCCAAGCAAAAAUAGUAAUAAUAAUGCUGCUUAUAAACAAGUCUCCUAGCCCUU